UGGUCCCCCACUCUCCCAACCCCACAGACCCUGCCCCAGCUAUGGCUCCUGGGGCUGCCUGGUCCAGCCCCGGUCCUAUCCUGACUGCGCUGCUCUUCUCCUCUUUGGUGCUGUCCCCAGCCCAGGCCAUUGUGGUUUACACGGACAGGGAGGUACAUGGUGCUGUGGGCUCCCGAGUGACCCUGCACUGCUCCUUCUGGUCCAGUGAGUGGGUCUCAGAUGACAUCUCCUUCACCUGGCGCUACCAGCCUGAAGGGGGCCGCGAUGCCAUCUCGAUCUUCCACUAUGCCAAGGGACAGCCAUACAUCGACGAGGUGGGGACCUUCAAAGAGCGCAUCCAGUGGGUAGGGGACCCUCGCUGGAAGGAUGGCUCCAUUGUCAUACACAACCUGGACUAUAGUGACAACGGCACUUUCACCUGUGAUGUCAAAAAUCCACCAGACAUAGUGGGAAAGACCUCUCAGGUCACACUCUAUGUCUUUGAAAAAGUACCGACUCGCUAUGGGGUGGUGCUGGGUGCCGUCAUCGGGGCCAUCCUGGGCGGCGUGCUCUUGCUGCUGCUGCUCUUCUACCUGAUCCGGUACUGCUGGCUACGCAGGCAGGCGACCCUGCAGAGGAGGCUCAGUGCCAUGGAGAAGGGGAAACUGCACAAGUCUGGGAAGGACACGUCCAAGCGUGGCCGGCAGACGCCGGUGCUGUAUGCCAUGCUGGACCACAGCAGAAGCACCAAAGCUGCCAGUGAGAAGAAGUCCAAGGGGCUGGGGGAGUCUCGCAAGGAUAAGAAAUAGCGGUUAGCGGGCCGGGCGGGGGCUCGGGGGUCAGGGGCGGAGUCCUCCAAAGGCGCUCAGGUGGUGGUCAUCGAGAUGGAGCUUCGAAAGGAUGAGCAGAGCUCGGAGCUCAGGCCUGCUGUCAAGUCCCCCAGCAGAACCAGCCUCAAGAAUGCCCUCAAGAACAUGAUGGGCCUGGACUUGGACAAGUGAUCAGCCCCAGGCCCUGCCAGAGCUGGGGGACCCAGGCUCCUCG